AUGCCACAGCGGGUGGCCGAGUACCGCGAGCAAGCCCGAGAUCUGAUCCAGAGCCACCCGCAGAGCCUGGGAUUCCAAUCGGUGGACAAAGUCCGGAUUGAUUGCUCGUUCAUGCCCAGCUCACAAUGGGGCACGCUGCGGACCCUGCCCGCCUGGUUACUCCACCUGCGCCUGCAAUUCAGCCAGCCGACUGGCUAUAAACUGGCGAAUGCGAAGAUCGAGCUGGUCUUCACCAAAGCCGACAAGCCGCCACCCGGUGAUCCCAGCCGGAUGAAGUUGGGUCCGAUCGUGACGAGUUAUUUCGGACCCAAAACGGUGCACGGGGAAGUGGCGGACCCGAAGCGGGGCGCGGCGGCAUUCCGGCCCCCUGCUGCGGAGGGAGGAGACGAGCUGGAGCAGUGGGCGCUGCGCGCAUACACCUGGCCGAUUGAGGGGGACAGCACGGGCCUGCAUCGCCGCGUGGAGUGGAUCGUCCGGGAGGCUCGAUCCCCGUAUCAGACCCUUCUCCAUCGGGACCAGGUCUCGGUGGGUCUCGUCCUGGAGCACGACCUGGAGCCCUUUUUCGUCGCCGUGCGCAUCGAAGGCGAGUUGCAACAAUCGCGACGAUGGUUCCGUUUCCCACGCAUCGCAGACGCAGAGCAGCCAAGCAUCUCGGUCAGAGUGGUCCCGUGUGCGAAUCCGGCUCACACCCUGGACGACCUCGCCCAGCAUUUGAACCAGACUCUCACGGCGCAGCUCGUGGCCCCGCAGAGUCGUCCAGCAAACAGCGCCAAACGGGCACAACGUGCGGAGUCCGAGGAGUCCGAGGACCAUGCACAAGAUGAACGGGCCAAGCGGUCGCGCGCAGAACCAGUAGAGCUACCCUCUCCGGCCACGCCGGGCUCACGGAGAAGUGAAGACUAUGCAAUCGGGUGGAUCUGUCCCUUGCCAGUGGAGCUGGCUGCCGCGCAAGCAAUGCUCGAGGAGACGCAUCGCCCUUUACCGGCAGAGCGGAACGAUCCGAACAACUACAUCUUCGGGAGCAUCGGCAUGCAUAAUGUGAUCAUCACCAGCCUGCCGGCUGGGGUCUACGGCACGACGUCAGCCGCCACCGUUGCAGCUCAUAUGCAAGCCAGUUUCCCUGAUCUCAAGUUCUUCCUCAUGGUGGGAAUCGGCGGUGGGGUCCCCAGCGAAGAGGUGAACCUGCGACUGGGGGAUAUCGUCGUGAGCAAGCCGAAAUUGGGGUACGGGGGAGUGGUCCAAUACGACUACGGCAAGGCGAUGGCCGAUGGGAACUUUCAGGUGACGGGCGCCCUGAACAAGCCGCCCCAAGCCCUAUUGGCGACCCUCGCAAGACUAGAAGCAGAGGACAUGGUCAACGGCAGCCGGUUCGGGCGCCACCUAGAGGAUAUGAUCACUCGCCAUCCGCAUAUGUCUCUGUUCACGCGCCCAGAGGAAGACGAUGUCCUGUUCGAAGCAGAGUACGUACACCCGAUGACGGCGGCGGAUUGCUCGGAGUGUGACCACGCCCGUGCUCUGAAACGUAUCUCUAGGUCUUCUGAUGCCCCCAAGGUUCAUUGCGGGCUCAUCGCGUCGGGGAAUAGUGUUAUGAAAGACGCCAUGGCUCGGGACAAGCUCGCGCGCUCUCUGGGGAUCAUCUGCUUCGAGAUGGAAGCUGCAGGCUUGAUGGAUAGCUUUCCCUGCCUCACAAUCCGAGGGAUCUGUGACUACGCUGAUUCGCAUAAGAACAAGAAGUGGCAAAGCUACGCCGCGGCGACGGCAGCCGCUUAUGCCAAGGAACUUCUUUGCAUGCUACCUGUCCGUCAGGUAGAGCUACUUCCCACGAGAAUCGAGAAUAUGCCGGUUAGGCCAUGA